UGUUUUAUGUUUACUUUUACUGAAUAUGUUAACAAUUUAAAAUUUUUUUUUUUUUAUUAGUUUGAAGCAGGAGUAUUUGUACAAACACAAAGAAAGAAAUAUGGUUACCAAACUCUAGGUUGAAACACUCGGCACAACCCGACUCACAACGCUCAUAUUUUUGUACUAAAUUUGUUGUGGAGAGUAGGGUAUUUCUGUUUCUUCUCUAAUAAUAGCUCAAAAACCACAGUAAUUAUUGGGCAAGAAGGGACUUUGGUCUUGUAUUGGCUAGGUUUAAGUCUUUGACAUUAAUUCUGAAGCUAGUUUUGAAGUUUAGCAAAUGCUGAAAGAAAAUAUGGUAUUUAAUGUUAAGAUGCUUGAGAGUGAGUGUGAAAAUCUUGGAACUUUGUAGGAUCAACGACAGUCGGAUUCUUUUGAGAAGGAGAUGAUAAGAGUAAGUGGCAAAUGAUUCUGUGUCUUUCUUUUGAAGAUUUUGAGCAGAAAUUCCUUUUUCAUCCAGUAAACACUCGUCGUUUGAGAGUUUAUGAAGAAACUAAAAGGUUCUCUCUUCUGGAGUUCUUGUUUUCAAGUUGAAAGAGGGAAAAGUUUGGAGCUUUCUUUGUUUUUCUUCCGGGUUUGAGCUCUGAAAUCCUUAUCUUUGUCUUCAAGUAAGUUGAGCUAACAAUGAAGUUUUUUCAUGUGGGUUUUGCGUUAUUAUGAACUUUUUGUUUUCCUUGGUUUCUUUUUGGUCUCAUGGAGAAAACCUCAACAGUGUUUCUGCUGUUAAUGAUUCUUUGGUUUCAAUGCGCAAAUGUGCAUUGCCAAGAAAGAAUUAGUGAACCUCCAUCUUCUUCUAAGUCAAACCAAGGCGAUAAUGAGAUUAAAAGAAUUAUCCUUAGCAUUGUAUUAGGAAUAUUGACUGGUUUGAUUGCAGCCAUUCUUUUUGCUUGCAUAGUUAGAUGCUUUUUUGGUUACAUGAACCAAACUCCGAUUCUCAAAGGGCCUGUUAUAUUUUCACCAAAAAUUGCUUCCAAGACUCUCCAAGCAGCUCUGGCAAAUGAGAACCAGUUGCUAGGCUCAAGUCCUAAUGGAAAGUACUACAGAACAGUUCUUGAUAAUGGGCUUACAAUUGCUGUGAGAAAGCUUGAACCCUUUGAAAGUAGUGGUUCACCUGAUAAACAGAACAAAGUGGCCAGGAGACGGAUUCAACAACAGCUUGAAAUUCUUGCAAGCUUGAGACAUAGGAAUUUGAUGAGCUUACAAGCUUAUGUUCGCAAAUCUAAUAGGUUUUUUUUGGUUUAUGAUUAUGUGCCAACUGGGAGUCUCGAGGAUGCUGUGAAUAGAGUUAGGGAAAAUCAGUUGCAGCUUGGAUGGGAAGUCAGGCUUAGAAUUGCCGUUGGGGUCAUUAAGGGGUUACAGUAUCUUCAUUUUAGUUGCGAUCCUCAAAUUUUGCAUCUUAAUUUGAAGCCUGCAAAUGUGAUGUUGGAUGCUGAAUUUGAGCCAAGGCUGGCAGAUUGUGGAUUGUUGAAACUAAUUCCGGAUUUGGAUAGAGCAACUUCUGCUUACAGUGCUCCAGAAUGUUUUCAGAAUCACAGUUAUACAGUUAAGAGCGAUGUCUUCAGCUUUGGGAUGAUAUUGGCAGUUCUAUUAACUGGUAGAGACCCCAGUGAUCCAUCCUUUGGUGAAGCAGCCAGUGGUGGAAGUUUAGGGCGGUGGCUUCGGCAUUUGCAGCAAGCAGAAGAAGCACGAGAGGCACUUGAUAAAAGUAUUCUUGGGGAGGAAGUUGAGGAAGACGAGAUUUUGAUGGCAGUGAGAAUUGCAGUUGUGUGCUUAUCAGAUUCACCUGCAGAUAGGCCUUCCAGUGAUGAGCUUGUCCAAAUGCUCACUCAACUGCAUAGUUUUUGAUUCAUGUGUAAGUAAUCCAUUUCAGAAAUUGGGUACUUUCUCUGUUCUACAAUGAGAGCUUUGGUCCGCAAUCGCUGUGGAGUUCAGUUUAGAUUUUAAAGAUGCAGUUAUCACUUUUUGAAUCGAAUCAAAGUAUACGAUGUUCAGUUUCUGUACAUGACUAAUGAAAUAUAGAUUUCUAACAGGAAGAAGUGGACCAUUUGAUCAUUGAGCCACAUAAUUGUGUUCUCAAACAUCUAGUAGUGGUGGGGUUUUGUUGGCCGUCUUUAUUUAUACACAACUUUAUUGAAAUCAGUAGGAUUACUUCAUCAUACAAUCUGGCAAGUUUUUAUUUGCUUAUUCACAGUUGUUGAA